CGUCUUACCUAACCGAGUGUGUGGUUGGCGUUGUUGAAAUUGUUGCUAGCAUUAGCUACAUGAACGUUACACCUACACAAUAUAAGAUGGUUAUCUUGUAACGACAGACAACAAACCAGUUAGUUCGACAAUAGAAGUAGGUUUUCCUCCAACCCAAGGUGCUACCAGCCAGCACGUUUUCCUGUUACUAACGGAUAAUGAACAAUUCAACAGUUGCGUUAUUUUACCGUUUGAAUAUGCGUUUAUUGUUGGAUAAUUAGCUAGCAUAUUGAUCUGCUGACUCAGCCCGAGAAACGGUUGCAUUUAUGUACUAUCGGUUAGAUAGCCCAGUAAGCCAACUGACGACAGAUGCUUGGUGUCAUGUUUAGCAGACAACAACAACAACAACAACAACACCAUGGUAACAGAUAGGUUGGAGAAGUAGCUUCUUGCUACUUGCAUCCGUCCUCGACUCGAAACCCACCGGAUGAAAUUCCUCCCGGUUCCUGAUGAAGGUGUGUAGGUAAUACUUUAAGAGCCUUGUAAGACACCAUGUCUGAAGAGGCGCUUUCAGAAAGUGACCUGGAGCCCAGCCUUAACAGUGAAGAGGAGUAUUUUGAAAAUGAGGAAGAGGAGGACAUGGAGGACAUGGAGGAAGAUGAAGAUGAAAAUGAUGGAGAUGAUGAGGAUGAUAGUGUUGAACGACCUACGAGUGGCCAGAGCAGAGCAGAAACAACCCAGGAUGGCAGGGACUCCGCCUCAGCUACCUCCGGAGAGCCAUCCUCCGAGCCUCCAUCUCGGCCUGCGUCCCCCACAUCCUCCAGGUCUCCCUCGAGACCUGCGUCUCGCUCUCAGCCUCCAACCAGUCCAGAAAACUCAAACCAGAGAAAGCCACCCUCCAGUAAAACAAAGAAACAAAAAGCCUCUAAAUUAACCAAAUCCUCAAAGUCUUCAAAAGGCUCCAAAUCUUCUAAGCCAUCUAAGCCCGCACACAUGAGGAAGAAUAUCAGAAAGCUGCUGAAAGAGGAUCAACUUGAGGCUGGGACCAAGGCUGCUCAACAGGAGGAGAUGGAGAGGCGGAAACGUCUGGAGCAGCAGAGGAAGGACUUCCCUACACCAGCCCCAGCUGUCCCUGACUCUCAGCUAGUGGACAACGCUUCACUUUUGGGGGAAGUGUCUCAUUUGGUUCCUGCUCUCCUGAGCAAGCAGGACGUGAUCUGUCUGGACAGCAGUGGAGAUGAAGAUGAAAAAGUGGACCCCAACCUCCCUGCACUUGCCAUUAGAAAUGAUAUAAUUGAGUUGAGUUCUGGAGAUGAAGAUGCCCUGCAGAUAAGUAGCGAGUCGGCCGAUGAGGACGCUGACGGCACUAACGGCACAGAGGAGAGCAGCGGGGCGCACAUCAACGAUGCUCUGAAUCUGCCUGAUGCCCAGGGUCGAGUGCUGGUGAAUAUCAAUCACCCUGCAGAGGAGAAAGACCUUUACCUCGCUCCGCAGCUGGCCAGGGCCGUCAAACCUCACCAGAUCGGAGGAAUACGGUUUCUCUAUGAUAACCUCAUCGAGUCUCUGGAGCGGUAUAAGACCAGCAGUGGCUUUGGCUGCAUCCUCGCUCACAGCAUGGGGUUGGGAAAGACUCUGCAGGUCAUUUCCUUUAUUGACAUCCUGCUGAGGAACACUGAGGCUCACACUGUGCUGGCCAUUGUCCCUGUGAACACACUUCAGAACUGGCUGACAGAGUUUAACCUCUGGCUCCCGCCCCCGGAAGCCCUUUCCCCUGACACUGAUCCUGCAGUGAUCACAGGCCGCACAUUCAAAGUUCAUGUCCUCAAUGAUGAGCACAAAACGACGCUGGCCAGGGCCAAGGUGGUGGAAGACUGGUCCAGAGAUGGAGGAGUCUUGCUGAUGGGUUAUGAGAUGUACCGCCUGCUGUCCAUGAAGAAGAGCUUUGUAAUGGGCAAAAAGAGGAAAUCAAAGAAGCCUGCAGGGCCAGUCAUCAUCGACCUGGACGAAGAAGACAGACAGCAGGAGCUCAUGAAAGGUAUUGAAAGGGCCAUAGCGCGGCCUGGCCCAGAUGUGGUAAUAUGUGACGAGGGUCAUCGCAUUAAGAACUACCAUGCCAGCACAUCUCAGGCUCUGAAGAACAUCCGCUCCCGUCGCAGAGUGGUCCUGACAGGUUACCCUCUGCAGAACAACCUCACUGAAUACUGGUGCAUGGUGGACUUUGUCAGGCCCGACUUCUUAGGCACGCGUCAGGAGUUCAGCAACAUGUUUGAGCGGCCCAUUCUGAACGGGCAGUGCAUGGACAGCACACCUCAAGAUGUACGCUUGAUGCGCUAUCGCAGCCAUGUGCUGCACAGCCUGCUGGAGGGUUUUGUCCAGAGACGUGGUCAUGAUGUGCUACGAGACCAGCUUCCGUCCAAGGAGGAGCAUGUGAUCUUGGUGCGGCUUUCUCCCAUCCAGAGGGCGCUGUAUACUGAGUUCAUGAAACGCUUUCGAGAAGCAGGGAACAGUGGCUGGCUUGGUCUGAACCCACUCAAAGCCUUCUGCGUGUGCUGCAAAAUCUGGAAUCACCCAGAUGUCCUCUAUGAAGCCCUGCAGAAGGAGAAUCAGGCCAAUGAGCAGGACCUGGACCUCGAUGACAUCACUUCAGCUAGUAACCCCCGCUGCCCCGGCCCUGGCCUCAAACCCAAAGUAGCCGACUCUAGCAACAGCAAAGUCAACAACACCCUGCCGUCACUAAAUCCCUCCCAGGAUAGAGCCAAUCAAGUCAUCACAUAUGAAUGGGCAAAGGACAUAAUGUCAGACUACCAAACAGGAGUUCUGGAGAACUCAGCCAAGAUGCUUCUGCUCUUCCAUUUGAUUGAUGAGAGUGUGAGAAGACGAGAUAAGAUUUUGGUCUUUAGUCAAAGUUUGUCCACCCUGACUGUCAUUGAGGACUUCUUAUCAAAGAGACCUAUGCCAGCAGGGAUCGCCUCGUCUGACGCCAAGAGCCAAAACUGGGUUCGCAACCUCAAUUACUACAGACUGGAUGGGAGUACAUCUGCCUCAGAAAGAGAGCGACUUAUCAAUCAGUUUAAUGAUCCAGAGAACACUGCAACAUGGGUCUUCCUACUCUCUACAAGAGCGGGCUGCUUGGGGGUAAAUCUGAUCGGGGCGAACCGCGUCGUUGUGUUUGAUGCCUCCUGGAACCCGUGUCACGAUGCACAAGCAGUGUGUAGGGUGUACCGCUAUGGUCAGAGGAAGCCCUGCUACAUUUACCGCCUUGUCUGUGAUUUCACCUUGGAAAAGAAGAUCUAUGACAGACAAGUCUCCAAGCAGGGCAUGUCUGACCGUGUAGUUGAUGACCUCAACCCAGUGCUUAACUUCACACGGAAGGAAGUGGAGUCAUUGCUGCAUUUUGUGGAAGAGGAACCUGGCCAAAUCUCUUCGGUAUCUCAGGAGGGCGUGGAAGAAGUGAUGUACCAAGCUUGUCAGCUUUACCCACACCUCAUCACUAAGCAACCUUUCCAUCAUGAGUCUCUGUUGGUGGACCGUAAGGAGUCAAAACUGACCAAAGCAGAGAAGAGAGCUGCCAAGAAGAGCUACGAGGAUGAGAAACGAGCCUCUGUGCCCUACUCUCGGCCAUCGUAUGCCCCCUAUUACCCCACCAGUGAUCAGACGCUCACAAACAUACCAGCGUUUAAUCAACGUGGCUGGCGUCCCAUGGCACGGCCAGAUGACAAGCCUGUGGCAAGUGUCAGGCCCAUCCAGUCAACCCCAAUCCCCAUGAUGCCUCGUCCGGUUGGCAUGGGCAUGGCUGGUUCCAGCUCUGUUGGCAGUCUGCCUGUCAACUUCCUCCAGAAAGCUGGAGUUCAAGUGCAGAGGAUUGUUACUACAACUGAUAUUGUAAUCCCAGGAGCCAACAACACUACAGAUGUUCAAGCUCGAAUUAGCGCAGGAGAGAGCAUCCAUAUUAUCAGAGGAUCUAAAGGUACCUACAUUAGAACGAAUGAUGGAAGAAUUUUUGCAGUUCGAUCUGGAAAGAUCAGUAGACCAGCAGUCAUGGGUUCUGCUGCUUCAAGAGAUACCCAAGGUUCCCUGAUCCAUCCAGUCAGUAAUGGCUGUUCAUCCCCUGUGGAUCAACAGCAGCAGUCCACCAAUGGGGAGCAGCGGCCCUCCUCUCCCUUAAGCUCUGAGAUUCUCAGAGAAAUCAGCCGCUACACCUCAUCCGCAGGCGAUGCCACUACUGCCAUGGGGAAUGAAUUGCCAUCGCCGUCAGACGUGUCGGUGGUACCAGCUGGGGAUGAAGGCAGUUUGCAUAACAAAGAGACUGGUGAUCUCAGCAGGCAACUGAGUGACGACCUCCUGAGCUCGGCUUUGGAGAUGCGUGGCACCAAACGCAGGAGUACUGAAAGCCAGGGCCACACACAGGUAGGAGGCAAACGCACCUCCGCUGCAACACGUUUCCCUGGACUAUCCAUGGGCUCCGGUGGGCUCAGUUUUCCUCCCGUGGGUCUGAACUCAUCCUCUCUACUGGGAAACCUAGGUCACAUGAGUCAUCCACUUCUGAUGGGAGGUAGUGGUGGAUCAUCAUUCCUACAGACACCAGGACAAACACUAGCUGAACUGCAGACCAUGUUCCCCUCUGCAGGUUCAGACCUACUGAGACAGUCUGCCACAGGGAACGGACACCUUCCCACCCCCUCCUCAUCCUCUCUGCCCACGGUUUUCUCCUCUGCAGCGACCACCAUCCCUAUGUCAUCCUCAUCCUCUGUGGCACCUUCUUCCUCCCUGGCAUCAGGUUCUCUGCCUCCAUACUUGAUGAAUCCCAACAUGGCCGGCCUGCUCUCGUCAGGCUUCCCUCUCAACUACAGUCAGUCGCUGCUCUCUGAGCCGAGGAUGUUCCCCAGCCAUCUCCUCCCUGGUUCAGGGGGAUUCCCUGUACCUAACUCCAGCUCUACUACAUCCAGUUUCCUCUCCCAUUUCAACAAUCCAACUUCCAGCCUGCUGGGGGCAGCUCUGGCCCAGCCGGACAGACAUCAGGGCGCAGAGAAUGACGCCAGUAGUUCCGAUGACGAUGUCAUAGAGGUGACGGGACAGUAGAGGCUCAAAAGGUCUUGAGGAGGCAGUUUCACACACAGACAGUUUGAUCACUCAUGGUGAACAUAAAAUACAUUAGGGAUGGGAAUGAUUCUUAGUUAAAGUUAAAUGACUAAAUGCACUAAAUGGAUUCUGUUACAGUAUCUUCCUUAAUGGAUAGAUGCUUUGGAGUCUAAAUGUGAUAAAGAAAAGAAAAGUGAAAUUCUACAUUAAUGAAAUGAUUGGGCAUCUAAAAAAAAAAAAACAAAUACAUAAAACUUUUCAUUAACUAAAAAUUAAGUGUUAAAACACAUACGAUGAAGUUGUAAUAACUUAUACCAUGAGGUUCAGCCUUGUGUUAGAUGAGCCAUUCACCAAAUCAUUAGGGAGAUAAACCGCAUUCCCAUUCCUAAUGGCCUCAUUAAACGUCACACAAACUCUCAAAAACACAAGCACUGACUCUCGCCUGCAAAUGAGAGGAUCAACUUGUACCUUAAUGACUUUACAAAGUCUGAGUAACAAAUCCUUAUGCUGAAUAUCCCAGAGUUGUUCAGCUGAAGCGUCCAAGCAGUGGGAACAUACCUUUACAUACAGGGACCAGCUGAAUCCUUUCAGGGAGGCUUUCUAGUCCGAGCCUCACCUGCUACACUUUUGAGCAAGUUCUCCCUGCGCUCCAAAUUUAUUUUCCUCCGAUUUCAGGUGGAAUAAUGUGAUGAAAGCUUGUUGGAUUGUCUCAUGACACACUGCUGUGAAACAGUUGAGUGCAAACCAAAAUUUGACUUACUGUUACAUGUGUCAGUCGUACUCACCUGCUGAACACUUACUUACACGAUUUUCUUCAGCACAGCUUCCUUUUUCUAGUGAACAAACCUGGAAAGCCACACAUCACGAUAAAUAAUUAGGGUGGCUACAGGACGGAAAUCCUCUUGACAGUAUAUUCAGAGAAAAUCCUUCAAGGCUUACCUUUAACAACAGAAAUUUUAGGCUUUCAGAGCAUAUUUUAGUCUUUAGCAAUUUGAUAGAUAUUGUAGCAUCCCAUGUUGAAAGGAUAUUAUGUGUGAUACUAUAACUGAACAUGUUCAUACUGUAUAUAGUCAUCAUCAUUGUUUAUAUUGCAAGUCAAUACUGUGCAGUGUGUAGAUUUUCUGUAGGGAGAUGAUUCAUUAUUACAGCAACUAUCAUGACGAUAACCAGUCCCUCGCAUUCAUGCUGGGGAAAACAAAUUUAUGGUCAACUUUAUGAUUUCCUGUCUUUUAUUUUGUUCCUUAAAAAUAAAAUGAAUGUACUUUCAUGUUAGCCUUUGAUAACACGGGGACUGGGACAAGGAUUCAAACUGUGCUGUUUCAUUUUUAGCCUUAAAUAACACAAAGGGGUCUUGAGUCUUAACAUUUAUCGAAGUACAUCCUUUUUACCAGUCGGUUGGAAGAACUACUGAGCAUUUAGACAGUCGGUGUCAAAACACAAAUGUAGGGCGGGUUCAGCAUUGUGACUAAAAGCGGCAAGUGUGAAAGCCAAAAGGAAUGCAAACCAAGGCUUAAUGUUGCUGGCUCAAUUGCAGCAGCCUGUUAUUUGUUGCAAUAUUUACUUUAGUGUCCCCAUCAUCUGCUGAUAAAUCAUCACUCAGUCAACCUGCACCCUACAUGUAGUUUCUUUGGAUUGUUUUCACAACCUUGCUGAGAACAAAUAUUACCUAAACUGUAGAGAACAUUGCAUUCAUGCAGCGUAGUGUAGAAAGAAAAAAAAAACAAAAACAAAAAACAAAUCAAUGUAGCCACCAACCAUCAAACAAGACAACGUUUCAUUACGUCCACCUGCGACCGGUAGAACCAGGUCAGGUGAUGUGGUGGCCUUACCAAACUGACAGUGCCGUUAUACGGUAGCUGUUCACAGAGGUCUUUACAAACAGUGCUGUGUAAGUAGCUUCUGUCAGUCUUGUGAAUAUCUGCACUGCUUUAGGGAGUUUGGGUCUUUGCUGUUCUCUGUAGCCUUGUGUUUCUGUGCUGUGAUGACACCUCAAGGUAUGUAGACUUAGGAAAAGUCCCUUUAGUCUGUUGGUUAAGUAGGCUAGACAGCGUUGUUAUUAGCCUUUAGAAAACACUGGAUAACCUGAGACAGCAGGUCAUUCCCUAUGGUGUUAAAUCUUCUCUACAGGCGUUUUCUGGCUCCCACAGUCCCGAGUACUGUUUUUUUCAUAUUUUUUGUUUUGUUCUAUUUGCUGACUCUCUCCGUUUUUAUGUUCUGGAUGCUUUAGUUCUAUCAUCAAGAACGGCUCCAGUUUUUCAGCACGUUUUGGGAACUUGUAAUGGUUUGUUUCAAAUUUGAAGGUGAAGCUAGCACUUUGAAAAAGGAUCGGAUCAUCUGCUUGUGAACUCUACAUCAUACUGACAUACUGACAUCAUGUCUUUAAUCUUAGUCCGUUGGAAACAUUUUGCAUUUGAAACUUGGUAAUCAUUUUAUAAAACAAAACCUGUCUGCCAUUUCUCGACAAGUAUGUGCAUUUUUAUGUUUCAUGAGAAUUUUAGAUUUUUUAAAAAACAUUUUUUUUAUAACUUGGUGUUCACUCUCCUGGCAGUUGUACCCCUUAUUUCAGUGUAAGUGUCUGAAAUUUAUUUAUUUAUGAUGGAAAUAUAUUGUUUUUUUGUAAUUACAUUUUUUUAACCUUUUGUUCACUUUGACCCAUUGAUGGCUUAUCCAGUAAGAAUUUCGUACAUGCAGAUCGAAGCAGGAUAUGACUGUGUUAUCAAUGUUAUUUUAACAAUAAAACACUCUUCUAUUGCAGUGUGAA